GUUGGAAAAGAGACUGUGCAGACAACAGAAGACCAGAUCUUGAAAAGGGAUAUGCCACCAGCAUUUAUCAAAGUGGAGAACGCCUGCACCAAGCUGGUUCGGGCAGCCCAGAUGCUGCAAGCAGAUCCUUACUCAGUACCAGCUCGUGACUAUCUCAUUGAUGGAUCAAGAGGAAUCCUUUCUGGAACGUCAGACUUGCUCCUGACAUUUGAUGAAGCAGAGGUCCGUAAAAUCAUCCGUGUCUGCAAAGGGAUAUUGGAAUAUCUGACUGUGGCAGAAGUGGUAGAGACAAUGGAGGAUCUGGUGACUUACACGAAGAAUUUAGGGCCAGGAAUGACAAAGAUGGCCAAAAUGAUUGACGAGAGACAACAGGAAUUAACUCAUCAGGAACAUAGGGUUAUGCUGGUGAACUCCAUGAAUACAGUCAAGGAGCUAUUGCCAGUUCUUAUUUCAGCUAUGAAGAUUUUUGUAACCACAAAAAAUUCUAAAAGCCAGGGAAUAGAAGAGGCCUUGAAAAAUCGCAAUUUCACAGUAGAGAAAAUGAGUGCUGAGAUAAAUGAAAUAAUUCGUGUGUUGCAACUCACUUCAUGGGAUGAAGAUGCCUGGGCAAGCAAG